CCAAGGGCCAGUAGGAAGAAGCAUUUCGGGGUUUCUAAAGAAGGAGAGUUCUUAGAGGCAAGCCGAAACCCAGAGGCAAAGCCAGUAUGUUGAGAACAGGGUACUACAGAGCUGGAAACUCUGGUUUACUACGCAAACAGUUUGCGAAAAAAGCAAUUUUCACGUCAGCCAGAUUAGAAUCUACGAAAAGUUCUAACCCGGAGCUGAACAAGAAGAACAACCUGGCAGAGGUGCUGCUUGAACAUGAGGGCAUCGGACAUCACCCAAAGAGAAACAAGCAUGUGGUAGCAGAGGAAAGUCGUUUCUGCGGAGGCGAACACUCUUCUCCUUCGUUAUCGGUGCUCGAAAGGAAGUUGCGGGAACUGCAGUCUAAACCCGUGGACUUCCAUUAUUAUCUCCGGUCGUUGCACAAGAUCCAGCGAGGCGACAAGUUGCCGUACAAAUUCGGUACCAACCAGCUACACACAGAGGCAAGAGAAGAGUCGACCAUGGAUGAAGUGCUGCAGGGGAUAGUGCAACGGUUCAGAGCCCCGGUGAACUACGCUUUUGGCUACGGAUCGAAGGUUUUCUCCCAGGGCUCUUCGAUCGAUAUAUCGAAUUCGCAGAUCGAUAUGAUACUUGCGGUGUCCGACCCGUUGGAAUGGCACAAACAGAAUAUAUUGCAACACGGCUCGGACUACUCUUUUCUCAAGUUCUUGGGGCCCUCGGCCAUCAACUACGUGAGCGAAUUGGGUGCCGGAAUCUAUUUCAACCCUUUUGUCGACGUCAAUAUCAACGGCACGCCGCUAGAACUCAAGUACGGGAUAACGUCAGUAGAUACGCUUAUCGACGAUCUUGCAAACUGGUCAACCAUGUACUUGGCCGGAAGGUUGCACAAACCUGUCGCUAUUGUUCAGAACUCGGCCCAGCUGUUGUUUCUGAACCAAUACAAUUUGACAAACGCUGUUAAAUUGUCUAUUUUGCUACUCAACAAAAGAUUCAUCAAAGAAAGUGAACUAUACCUGAGCAUUGCAGGUCUUUCUUAUAUGGGUGAUCCAAGGCUAAAGGUCCAAGGAGAAAACCCAGACAAAGUGAAGAACAUUGUGGAGAACCAAUUCUCGCUGUUCAAAAACUUGUACAAACCUAUACUCGACAAUUACUUCCCUAACCUCAUUCAAUCGGCUCAUGAAGACUCGGAUUCUGGUGACAGAGUGUAUCAUGUCAAUUUGUCGGAGGAGCAGAUUGCAAACAUCAUCAUAGAAUUGCCACGCAAAUUUAGGUCAAGACUCUUCAACAUGCUGAAGGAAAAAUACGGAAAUGAAUUGUCAAAGGAUACCCUAGUGCAGGAAAUGAUAGCGGAGCCCUCGCUUAAGGUGUUAACGUCGAAGUCUGUUGGAAGUGAACCUAUUGUUUCAUACAAUGACAUACUUGGACUGACUCAAUUAUCGUCGGCAAAUUUACUUGCCGACAUCCCAAAACGUGACUGGGAAUAUCUUCCUACAGAGUACAAGGUGGGAAUUUCUCCAUUCAUAAAAAAGAUGGCUUCUGAUUUAAAGCAGCAUCCGGAAACACUUCGCUGGGCCCUCUCUCAGACAGUGGAAGAUACAGUAGGGUCUAGUGCCCUGGUACAGAGUCUCAAAGGCAUUCUUACUGCUGGUGUGGUCCGUAGUUGGAAAUAUGCAUCCGCUAAGCGCAGAAAGUAUCUGCAAGCCCAGCAAAGGGGCAAAACUGGACGAUGAUGAAAACGAACUUUAUGACAUUGGUAAAUUUGUAAACUCUAUAUAGUUGCAAGUUGUGUAUAUUUAGCGUCUGACAUGUAACAAAGACAAGGACAUUAAUAAUGUACGUUUGGUUUAAUUGGUAUAUAAAUUAAAAUCAAAUGUAGCUAUAAUACAAGUGUUAAUAGGAGAA